AAAUUGUAACAUCAUCAGUGGGUCUACCGGUAACGUUCUAGUAAGCUCAUAACUAUCAACGAACACUAUGUUUGUGCCGAUUGUCCUGGUGACGCUCUGCCUUGCCAGCAGCACGGUCUUGGCUGCUUAUGACAAGCCAUACUACGACGUGGAAGACGCUGAGAACCUUUUCAAGAACUAUGUCCAAGAGCAUAAGAAAGUGUACAACCGAAGGGAGUACUAUGAAAGGCUGGAAAUUUUCAAGGAAACUUUGAAAGACAUAAAUAAGCGAAAUGACAGGUUUCCUGACACUGUGUUUGCAGUAAACCACUUUGCUGAUCUGAAGCCACAUGAGCGGGCGCAAUACCACGGUUUCAAACUCCCAAGUGGAAAUAGGACGAAAGCGGUACUCCUUGAUUUGCCCGAGGUUACAGCUACUGAAUUAGACUGGAGGAAAAAAGAUGCGGUAACUCAUGUGAAGAACCAAGGACGAUGUGGCAGUUGCUAUAUCUUCAGUGCUGUUGGCGAAAUUGAAGGACAGUACGCUAUCAAACACAAACAAUGCCCAGCCUUUUCCGAAGGACAAGCCCUUGACUGUCUUGAGUGUGGAGAUUGCGGAGGAGGAAUAAUGCAUGCCGUUUUUCAGGAAUUAGCUAAAAAGAAGGAAAAGUUAGAGAAGGAAGGAGACUAUCCCUAUGAAGACAAAAAGAAAACCUGUACUGAAGAUAAGAGUAAGGGAGUUGCCUUGGUAUUAGAUGGUAAAGAAGUAGCAGUCCCCAACGAAGAAGUGCUGAAGAAACUGUUGUCAAACUAUGGACCUCUAGCAGUUGCCUUAAACGCCGCGGACUUCGAUCAUUAUAGUAAGGGAAUACUAGAACCGCACCACUGCAAAGGGCAAGAUAUUGACCAUGGCGUGGUCUUGGUGGGAUAUGGAGAAGAAAAUGGAAAACAGUACUGGCUGAUUAAGAACUCGUGGGGAAAGGGUUGGGGAGAGGAAGGCUAUGUGCGACUGCGGCGAGGAGUAGACGCGUGCAAGAUGGGCACGGGCUACACGGCUACCUGCCAUGUUGAAUAACCUUGCUUCAAUCCUGUCUAACGGCUUCA